GCAACUCAACGCUGCACGAGUCAAAAAGCUCAGCCCUUCAGCUUUUCAGCCCAGGCAAAUCCCCACCUAAAUUGGUCAUCAUCCGCCUGUCGGUGUUUAGAUUAGGCUUCUCCAACUACUGCCCACUGAGCAUAGUUGUUUGCCGCAGUCAAUCCACGCCUAUCAGCCCUACAAUCUACUGACGAUACCACCAUUGACGUACCUGUCACGGUCUACUAGGCACAUACAUAUCUUCACUGCGCCGACACGUCCAAUCCUACCGCCAACGGCGUUUGCCAGGUGUGAUUGCUACCAACAUGGCUUGAAGAGUCCACGGCCAGAGAUGCGUCGCAACGCAUAGGCAGAAUGCAGUCAUUCAAGGCCGUCUUCUUCAAGCCCGACCCUCAGGAACAGAAACGCAAGUGCGAUAGCAUUAUCCGCAAGAAUGUUCGCGCAUUGGAUCGCGAUAUUACCAACCUCAGAGUCACCGAGCAGAAAACAAGGAGUCUAAUACAACAGUCGGCGAAGCGGGCGGAGAAGAACCCAUCACAGGCAAAACAAGGCACGGCGGAAGCACGACUAUUCGCACGAGAGUUGAUCAGAGUACGGAAACAGGCGGCAAGAUUACAUACGAGCAAAGCCCAGCUGCAGAGCGUGCAAAUGCAAGUCAAUGAAGCUUUCUCUGUACGGAAGAUCCAAGGCAGUCUGAAGGCCAGUACCGGCAUUAUGAAGGACGUCAACACACUGAUCCGGCUGCCGGAGUUGACGGGCACGAUGCAAGAACUGAGCCAGGAACUUAUGAAGGCAGGCAUCAUCGAAGAGAUGGUCGGUGAUUCGCUACCGAAUGAUGAGCUCCUGGAAGGAGAGGACGAAGAAGCAGAGACCGAGGUCGACAAAGUGCUCGGUGAGGUAUUGAAGGGCAGACUGGGCACACCGGAGCAACAGAUCCCCCAAGCUCCGGUCGAAGAAGAGGUCGAGGAGGAGGAAGACAGAGAAGCGGAACUGGAGCAAAUGCGAGGGAGGCUAGAGGCUUUGAAGAGUUGAAGCACUUUGCCUGCCUGGUGGUACCUUGCUGUUUCAGGCAUUUCACAAUUGGUAUAAGACAUGGACGGCGUCGGAUUGAAUACGAUAUCUAUGUUACAGACAUUCGCCUGGAUACCAGUAGUAUAUGUGGAACAGACGCUUCAAUUGCUGCAUCGAAGCGCUGGGGGAGGACGUCCCUUCGUCCCCCUUUCCCUCAUUCAUAUGAGGCACGUGACGUUUUUGAUAGGACUGAAAACGGACUAGUUCCACAGUGAAGGGCUGGGCUGGCUGCU